UCUCUCCUAAUCCUCUCUGAGUCGUCAUGUCUACCAGCAAUUAUAGCUUCAAGAACCGGUGUGUAUCUAUCCUGUGCUGCAAAUUCUGUAAGCAAGUGCUCAGCUCUAGGGGGAUGAAGGCUGUCUUGCUGGCAGACACUGAGAUAGACCUUUAUUCUACAGACAUUCCUCCAACCACUGCUGUGGACUUCAUUGGAACCUGUUAUUUUACUGAAAUCUGCCAAUGCAAACUGAAGGACAUUGCCUGUUUAAGAUGUGGGAACAUUGUAGGUUACCAUGUGAUCGUUCCAUGCAAACCCUGCCUUCUUUCUUGCAACAACGGGCAUUUCUGGAUGUUUCAUAGUCAGGCAGUUUUUGGUAUCAACCGGUUAGACUCCACUGGUGUAAAUCUUCUACUUUGGGGCAACUUGCCAGAAGCAGAAGAAAGUACAGAUGAAGAUACGUUAGACAUUUCCGAGGAGGAAUAUAUUAGAUGAAUGGAAACAACGAUGUGUAUAUUAUAUGAGAACUCUCUUUUUCCUAUUUAAAAAAACCACAAAACCAAAUAUUUUAAUGAAUGAACUAUAAAACUGUAAAUAAACAGACCAAAGGAUUUAUUGACAGUUUUUUUUUCAAAAAGAAAAGAUUGUAUACUCAUUGAUUUACUCAACAACUGCCUUAGUUUGAUUUGUUUCUGUAUAACUACCAGUAGUUCAUUUGGAUUUUUUCAUACUGGUGCAUUCUUAAAUUCAGACAGGAGAUGGUUCUCAAUCUCCUUCAAGUGUCAUUGUGCUCUCUCAUCUCCUAAUCUAAGGAAAUGUUUCUUCUAUCUUGAUGCCAAAUAAUUUUAAUUUUAAAUUGCUAGAAUAAGUGCAAUGGUACUAACAGAUAAUCCAUGUCUUACUGAGUCUUAACAGAUGAUAAUAAAGCAGGCUGUCAGGUUUUCAUAGGUAUUAACUAUCAUAUUUUCUUUUAGUGAAAAAUGUCUCUGCUCUAGAGCAAGAAUACUUAUGAAUUAGCAAGUAAGUAAAUGAAAACUUGCCCCAUGUAGUAACAUUCCCAGGAGGAAUAACCUUGCCAAGAAAGUCAGUUAAAUGGGUUUGUUUAAGGGAUUUCAAUACCUACCGUUUUCAAAUGUUGCAUAUCAGAAGCCAUUACAAAUAUUACUUUAUGACUGCUUCUGUCCAUUUCUUUCCCCUUCCCUUGCCUUCCUUUAUAAAUGAUCAAUUUCAAUAGGUGAAUAGUUUUGCCCCUCAAGUCACACAAAAAGGUAAAACUAAGAAGUGAUUUGCCUAUCCCUUAAUAAGUUGCACAAGUUUAUUCCAUACAAAGAAGAGAUUUUUAAAGCCUUUCAGGACUAAAAAGUCAGGAAACUUUUGGAUUCUUGUCAUAUGUAAAGCUAAUGUUUAUCAUAGUUUUGUAAAUAUCUCCAUGGGAAGCUUUAAAAUGUUUUAUUGAUGCCUUCUGUUGUUUUGUCACAAUCAUUUUCAAGUAUCCAUCCUAACAUGACCCAGUGAAGCCCUCAUUGUAACAAAGAAAAACAGUUAAGCAACACAACUUAAAAACGGUGUCUGACAGUGUAUGUCAUAUUCCAUACCCAUAGCUCCUCUCCUUUCCUCUUUGCCCUUCUUCUUCUCAUCUUUGGAGCCAAGAUUUGUCAUUGCAAUUACUCAGGAUUCACCUUCAUUUUAAUGUCUUUUUCCCUUUAUUGUUUACAUUAUUGUACAUUUAGCAUUGUUUACGUGAUCAUACUUACUGUGUAUAUUUUUUUCCUGGUUCUGCUUACUUCAGUCUACAUCAGUUCAUACAAGUUUUCCAUGGGAGGCAUUUUGGCAAUUGUAAUUCCAAGAUAGACUGAAUUAUGGAUUUGCAAAUAAAUACUGUUCUAUUGUUGUAUACUGACAUCCUUUUUCAAAAAAGGAACAAAAACCUGUCCUUCUUCCAGGAACUGCACCCAUAAUAGAAAGCAAGAAAUAGUACUAUCAACUAUAUCUAUCCAGCACACAUUGGAACUUAACCUGGAUGAGGACAUGUGACCUCACUCCUCAAUUUCAAGGUUGAAUA